AAUCUAUAUCUCAGUCUUCUUUUUCUGCAAGUCAUUCUUGUUUCUCUCUUCUCUCGGAGAAAAAGAUGCAGAACCCAGUGAGGUUUUCAAGCUGCCGAGGAGUGGCGUUUGAAAUCAAACCUCAUGUUGAUCCAUUUGCACUUCCACCACCCACCCAAGAUGAGUCACAAGAGAGUAGCCGAAUUGAGCGUUCUUGGUUUCAAAGCGGCUCUUCCAAAGUGUUCCCUUCUUCUUUACAAAGAUCUGCGAGUCGAGCCAGUAGCCAUUUCUGUGAUCUUGACAUCAGUGAAGAAGAAGAAGAAGAAGAGGAAGACAUCAGUUUGGAAGUAUUAGAAGCAGGAAAAAAGGCUGAGAAAGAGCAUAUAGCAGACCCACUUCCAUCUGCUAGUAAGCGUGAGCAACCACCAAAGCCUGCUAAAAAGAAUGAAUCAAGAUUGUCAAUUAUACUGCUCGAUCAAGGCCUGUUUACAGUGUACAAGAGGCUUUUUGUCGUUUGCUUGACCUUGAACGUGAUAGGUUUGGUUCUUGCAGCCACAGGGAACUUUCCAUAUGCAAGAAAUAGAGCUGCCCUCUUUUCCAUAGCCAAUAUUCUUGCUUUGACACUGUGCAGGAGCGAGGCCUUCCUGCGAGUUGUUUUCUGGCUCGCUGUCAAAUUCCUGGGGAGGUCUUGGGUUCCGCUCCCAAUCAAGACUGCCACCACCUCUCUUCUUCAAAGUCUUGGUGGAAUACAUAGCGGCUGUGGGGUUUCUUCCGUUGCCUGGCUCAUAUAUGCUUUAGUUCUAACUCUCAAGGACAGAGAAAACACUUCCUCAGAGAUCAUAGGUGUGGCUUCCGCCAUUCUUUCGCUUCUCUGCUUAUCUUCCCUAGCAGCAUUCCCACUCGUCCGCCAUCUCCAUCAUAAUAUAUUCGAAAGGACUCACAGAUUUGCUGGAUGGACAGCUUUAGCUCUCCUGUGGGCGUUUGUAAUGCUCACUAUCUCUUACGAUCCAGAAACCAAAUCCUAUAGCAACGAACUUGGCUCAAGGUUGAUCAAACAGCAAGAGUUCUGGUUCACUGUAGCAAUCACAGUUCUAAUUAUCAUCCCAUGGGUGACAGUGAGACGUGUACCUGUCAAAGUAUCCUCUCCUUCUGGCCAUGCCUCCAUAAUAAAGUUCCAAGGAGGAGUAAAAGCUGGUAUUUUGGGAAGGAUUAGUCCAUCCCCUUUAUCUGAAUGGCAUGCUUUUGGCAUAAUUUCUGAUGGAAAAACAGAACACAUGAUGCUAGCUGGUGCAGUUGGUGACUUCACCAAAUCUUUAGUCUCAAAUCCACCGAGCCACUUGUGGGUUAGGCAAGUGCACUUUGCAGGCUUGCCUUACCUAGUGAACAUGUAUGACAGGGUUCUGUUGGUGGCCACAGGUUCAGGUAUUUGCGUGUUCUUAUCAUUCCUUUUGCAGCCAUGUAGAGCUAGUGUCUGCUUGUUGUGGGUGGCCAAAGGGAUAGAGCAAAACUUCGGUAGAGAAAUAAAAGAGAUGAUGAGUGGGCACCCUAAAGACAAGGUAAUUGUGCACGAUACGGCUGUUUUAGGUCGGCCCAAAGUGUCUGAAAUGAGUGUUGAAGCUGCUAGAAAAUGGGGCGCUGAAGUGGUCAUCGUUACCAGCAAUCCUGAAGGUAGCAGAGAUGUCGUCAACGCCUGCAAAGCUUCAGGCUUCUCAGCCUUCGGUCCUAUCUGGGAUUCUUGAACUCAUAUCAUUGCAUGAACAAUUAAUGUUUAUGUCCAAAUUUCAUGUUCCAUAUACUCUCUUUUCCGUUGGAAAUAGUUUACGCAACUGUGGCCGAAGGGGCAAUAUUCCAAGGUAUAUAAUUUUAUAAUUAAU